CGCUCGUCCGAUUCAAGCGAUUCAAGCUCGAGAAAAGCUCCGCCAUCACCUAACGACACAUGCAAUUUGUAAGGGCGAUAGACAUACCAAGCAACAUUCCGGCAAGCUUCCUGACGACGGCGACGGCGACGGCGACGCCAUCUACGCUCGAGGUACACAUUGACAGCCGGGGCUGACCUCAAGAUCUGACUACCCAUCCCUCGUUGGGCAAAGCGCCGAAAGAAAAGAGAACCCAUAAUCACCCACGCCGGGCCACGAUGGCCUCCUCGUCCGCAAGAGAUGACGGCCGCAGCACCGACAGAUCGGCCAUGCCCUCGCGCAACCCGUUGCCGCUGUCCGCAACCCAAGAGGCACAAGUGCGGGAGGUGUUCAACGCGAGGGUAAGGGCGGCAUGUGCAGAUGAGAUCAGAGCCUUCGCCGAAUGCGCAAAACAGCACAACUUCACCGUCGCCUUCGCGUGCAGACAGCUCACCCUCGCCAUGAACUCGUGCAUGGCCUCGCACGCGACACAGGCCGAGCACGACCGGGCGCGCGAGGAGUGGUUCGCGGGCCGCAUGGCGAGGGCCAGGGAGCGGGAACGCAAGGAGAGGAGGAAGCUCGAGCAGGAGAAGUUCCACCGCGAGUGGUGGGGCCUGCCCGGCAAGGACCCCGAGGACGUCCGGCGCGAGGAGGAGAAGAUGAGCAGGGGCGAGAGGAUCGGCGGGUUCAGGAGUCAGCGGCCAGCCGGCGAUGGGCACCAGGCGAGGUAGUCCCGAUCCGGCGGGCAAGAAGGCGGCUCGAGAAAGACGACGUGAUUCCGCAAGCGUUGAGCCUGCCCCUUGACUCAGUGUGUGCGAGCCGUUUAUGCCGCGGCUGGACAAGGGAGCGGGAGAGAAUAUGGUGAAAAUGUGUAUAAGAUCAUUGUGCAUAUAUCGGCGUUCUACUGGGUUGGGUUUUAUACCGUCACGCUGCUCCAGGCCUUGUCGAGUCAGAUAGCAAUCUGACAGGUCUUGUAUAAUACACCGAGUCAAACAUUAUUGCGGAUGACUGUCAGG